AGAGGAGCAGGGGAGCCUGGGAAGUAGGGAUGACACAGAUAGCAAGUCCUAGUCAGAGCUGCCGCUACAUUUAGGAGAAACAGCGGUGUCUGCGGCUCCCACCAUUCAAGGGGGCCCGUGGGGGGGGGGCGGUGUCAGGGGCAUGGACGCCACCCCCCAGGGGUUUCUGCUGCCGGCCACUCUCCUCUCCACGUGCUUUCUCUAGGGGGAGGAGGAGGGGCCCAGGAAAAGUGGUACUGCAAUCUUCUGCAAAGGGGUCAUUGCAUGCACAAGAAAUGAGGAGGAGUAGGUUGGAGGAACUGAAAUUCUUGGAGGGAAGAUGCAGAAAUCAAGUCAUUGAUCUUGGGAGAUCUUGGGAUAGAGCCCCUCCAGGACCCCCGACGCCGCCGAGGCGCCCCGCGACGCGCGGCGGGUGGCGGCUGCCCGGGUCCCGGGCGCCGCUCUCCAGGCGCCCGCCCCGCUCGCCCUGACGCGGCCGCCAUGGCGCAGGAGAACGCGGCCUUCUCGCCCGGGUCGGAGGAGCCGCCGCGGCGCCGCGGCCGCCAGCGCUACGUGGAGAAGGACGGCCGGUGCAACGUGCAGCAGGGCAACGUGCGCGAGACCUACCGCUACCUGACCGACCUGUUCACCACGCUGGUGGACCUGCAGUGGCGCCUCAGCCUGCUGUUCUUCGUGCUGGCCUACGCGCUCACCUGGCUCUUCUUCGGCGCCAUCUGGUGGCUGAUCGCCUACGGCCGCGGCGACCUGGAGCACCUGGAGGACACCGCGUGGACGCCGUGCGUCAACAACCUCAACGGCUUCGUGGCCGCCUUCCUCUUCUCCAUCGAGACGGAGACCACCAUCGGCUACGGGCACCGCGUCAUCACCGACCAGUGCCCCGAGGGCAUCGUGCUGCUGCUGCUGCAGGCCAUCCUGGGCUCCAUGGUGAACGCCUUCAUGGUGGGCUGCAUGUUCGUCAAGAUCUCGCAGCCCAACAAGCGCGCCGCCACGCUGGUCUUCUCCUCGCACGCCGUGGUGUCGCUGCGCGACGGGCGCCUCUGCCUCAUGUUCCGCGUGGGCGACCUGCGCUCCUCGCACAUCGUGGAGGCCUCCAUCCGCGCCAAGCUCAUCCGCUCGCGCCAGACGCUGGAGGGCGAGUUCAUCCCGCUGCACCAGACCGACCUCAGCGUGGGCUUCGACACGGGUGACGACCGCCUCUUCCUCGUCUCGCCGCUCGUCAUCAGCCACGAGAUCGACGCCGCCAGCCCCUUCUGGGAGGCGUCGCGCCGCGCUCUCGAGAGGGACGACUUCGAGAUCGUCGUCAUCCUCGAGGGCAUGGUGGAAGCCACGGGAAUGACAUGCCAAGCUCGGAGCUCCUACCUGGUAGACGAGGUGCUGUGGGGCCACCGCUUCACGUCAGUGCUGACCCUGGAGGACGGCUUCUAUGAGGUGGACUAUGCCAGCUUUCACGAGACCUUUGAGGUGCCCACACCUUCGUGCAGUGCUCGAGAGCUGGCAGAGGCUGCGGCCCGCCUUGAUGCCCAUCUCUACUGGUCCAUCCCCAGCCGCCUGGAUGAGAAGGUGGAGGAGGAAGGGGCAGGGGAGGGGGCAGGGGGGGAGGCUGGGGAUGACAAGGAGCAGAAUGGCUGCCUGCCACCCCCAGAGACUGAGUCCAAGGUGUGACCAGCUUCCUCUGAACCACUGUGGCAGCCCAGGGGCCAGACACAGGUACAUGGGGAACUGCAUCUCGAAGGUGGAGGAGAAGGAGGAGGUAGGCAAAGCCCCUGGAAAUGUGCUAAAGUUGGAAAGUCCCUGCCCCCCAGAACCUCAAGUCUAGGAUCUAGUAUGGAAGGGAGGGGUCCUGAUUUCAGGGAAAUGGAGGGUGGGGCCAGGUGAACUUACCAGUCUGUGUUUGACCUACACAUUUGUUCAUGAGUGGAUGGAUGGACAGAAGGAUGGACUUUUGGGGGUUGGAUGGGAAGAUGGUGGCGGAUAAAGACAGCUGAUAGAUACAUACAUGGACCAAUAGACAGUUGGUCCACUCAGGGCUGCCACUAACUCGUAGAACACCUCUGUGCAAAUUCUAAAAAGGCACCCUUUUCCUCCAGACAGAUACAGCCCCAAACCAGGGUGCAUGGCCUGGGGAGCAGAGAGUAGGAUGGAUUGCAGUCCCUGCUCACCUCUUCUGCCAGCCUCCCCACACAUGGCACAACUGUCUAACGACAUUGUAGGCCAAGCUAAAGCGAAGGAGAAAGGAGCUGGGCCAAGAUGGCCACAUGAGGAGGGUGCCCUCCCAGCUCCACCCUCACCAGGAUGAAGGGUUGCAAGGGGGCUCAGCAAGGCGUGAGUGACCUUAGUCCUCAAGUUCAGGGAAGCAGGCAGAGGGGUUAGAUGCCUGAGCUGGGGCCCUGGAGAAAGGCCUGGGAAAGAAAAACCAGGGGUGGCUAUAUUCUGACAGUGGAGUGAGAUCUUACAGGUAUCCCGCGUAGGCAGGAAGAGAGAGAGAGGUUCUGAGGAGGAAGGGCCAGGAGAGAGAUCUAGAAAGUGGGUUCACCAGAGCUGG